GUGACAACUGUCAAACCAUUGUAAUGUUAUUAUUAUCGAAAUAGAAAUAAAUGAAGGAAAUCAGCGAGAUUUAUUAAUCAGCAUUAGUCGGAAUAAGUAGAUUUUGUAUCGUCAGUAUUUGCAUAACAAUUUUAUUAAUACAACAUUAUUGCCUCAACCAUGACAGUAAGUAAGAGUUUUCGUUUAUAUUUACCGAAUUUCCCAUCAAAUUUUCACUACAUGUGAGGAGUCACUAUUAAACAUGAAGAAAGUGGACCAUUUUUAUUGUGUUACAUCAAAGCUACGAAAACUAAAAUGUAAAAGUUGCAAUUUUAACACACAACUCCUCACUCAUCUUCGGAAUCAUUCUCAUAAACCGAAUGUACAAACCAAACCCGUUAUUGUCUGUAAAUGUAAGAAAUGUCACUUUUCAACAUACUCGAAACUUUUGUGUCUGAAACAUAUACUCCGCUGUAAAUGUAAAAGAAAAUUUCCUAGACCUGAAAUAAAACAUGAACUGAUAAUCAAAGCACACCACGAGGAAACUGAAAGCGAAAUAGAUCCGUUAGUUGACUACAAUCAGUUACUUUGUGAACCAGAGCACAACGACCCAAUCGAACAAAGUAACGUAAACUUCAAUUUAAUGCACCAAAGAAACACUCCCUUUGACCUGUUGAAUUCCGGUCUCCCGCUACAAAAAGAGCGCUUCCACUGCGACCACUGUCCCUACAAAACGUCGCGUUUGUACAACUUCAAACGUCACGUGAUCACCAACCACUCCCUAAGAACCUUCGAGUGUGAAGUGUGCAAUAUGAAAUUCGAGAACAAAAGACUUCAAACCCAGCACAUAUUCCUCGAACACGCCACCACCUCAGAAAAGGUCCCGUGGCUCCAGUGUGAAUAUUGUUCUUUCAAAACCGUGUACAAGACUUCGCUCAAACAUCACCACCUCAGAAAGCAUACUCAUUCAGAAGACAUUACUUGGUAUCAAUGCGAAGAUUGCUCCUAUCGCGCGAAACGCGACUCGGAUUUGAAGGAACACCACCUGAGGAUACAUGCGGAUCCGGCGAAUGUCGAAUGGUUUCAGUGCGAAUUGUGCCCAUAUAAAGCGAAAAAGAGGUGGCGAUUGCAGGGACAUGAAAGGCGAAGACACUCGAAAAAGGAGAAAACUAAAUAUUCGUUGGACAUUGGUUCGUGGUUGCGUUGUGGUCAGUGUGAGUUUCAAACUACUCAUAAGAAUAGCAUGAAUAGGCACAAACGCGUUCACGCAGGUACCGAUUUCGUGAAUUGGUAUUGUUGUCAGCAGUGCUCGUACCGGACUAAGUGGAAGACCAACUUGAAGACGCAUGUGGAGAGAAUGCACCAGGAGCAGAGUAACGAAUCUUGCGUUCUUGAUGUUCGUAUAAAAGAGGAUAAUGUUAUUAUGUAGAGAUAUACAGAUGCGGAUUUUUUGCCCUCUUAUUUAUAACUAUAUAGUGUAUAAAUUACUUAUGAGAUGGAUUAAAUUAUUUAAAACGUU